AUGGCCCCGCCCCCGGCCCUGCACCCUAACGUCACCUGUGACGGCUGCGAGGGGCCCGUGGUGGGAACCCGCUUCAAGUGCUCUGUCUGUCCCAACUACGACCUGUGCUCCGCCUGCCAGGCUCGAGGGACGCACACUGAGCACGCUCUGCUGCCCAUCUGGCACCCGCUGCAGUGGUUCCCUCGGGGGAAGUGGAUGAAGAGGAUGAGACACUGCAUGUGGAACCAGAACCUGAACCAGGCUCAGACCCCGAACCAGGACCAGGACCAGGAUCAGCCUGGAUCCUCUGGACCUGCUGCUGACGGCAGCGCCCCCUCUGUCUCUCAGGCCAACAUGGUCUACCUGAAGAACAUCGGAGAGGGCGUGGCCGCCAUGUUGAGCCCGCUGGGUAUCGAUGUGGACAUCGACGUGGAGCACGAUGGCCAGAGGACCAAGGUGAACCCGCCCCCUCAGAGCGGGGGGGCAGAAGGUGACGUGGAGAUGGGUGGAGCUAAUGAGGGCGGAGCCAGCAGCAAGGGCGGAGCCAAUGAGGAGUCAAAGGUGUGCAGAGACUCUGAUGAGGAGUGGACUCACCUGAACCCCCGAGAGGUGGACCCCUCCACCGGAGAGCUGCAGUCCCUGCAACCCGGGGACCAGGACCAGGAGCCUCCAUCGGGACAGCAGGGUCCAACAGGUCUAAGGGAGGCGGCUCUGUACCCUCACCUGCCUCAAGAGGCAGACCCCCGCCUGGUGGAGUCCCUGUCCCAGAUGCUGUCGAUGGGGUUCACUGACGAGGGCGGCUGGUUGACUCGACUCCUUCAGGCCAAAGACUACGACAUCGGCGCCGCGCUGGACGCCAUCCAGUACGCCAAACAGCCCCGCCCACACCAGCCCUGAUGACAUCAUCACCUAUACUCAACCAAUGAUUUAUACUGCUGUCCCUGUAGUCUGAUUACUUUCAUUAAUCAAUACUUUAACUAAUGGUUUACUGUCUCUGUUAUUAAUCAAUACUUUAUCUCAUUGAUUACUGUCUGUAUCUUUGUUUCUGUCAAUCUGACCAAUAAAAACAUGAAGAACUGAA